AGAAAGGGCUCCCUGAGAGAGCGCAGCAGCCAUGCUAAAUUAACAGCACCGAAACGCGGACAAGCUGCGCACCCCUGCAGCAAAAACAGAGGAGGUCUGCAGCAGACAGCGGAUCGACAAUGGCUGUCGUGCUGCUCUGAGGAGAAAAUGAAGCGCAAAAGCGAGAGGAGACGAGCGGAAUCGAGGAAAAAGCAGCGCUGUGCAGCUCCCAGCAGCUCAGAGGCGGAGCCUAACUCUGAUAUUUACAUUGAGAUUACAGACCAACUCUAUUUUGCAAUUCUUCAGCAGAAGAUCAAGAGCACAGCUGACCGACACUGUUUCUGCAUAGAUGAAGAGCUGGCAUAUGAGAACUUCUAUGCAGACUUUGGUCCCCUUAACUUGGCCAUGUUCUAUCGCUUCUGUUGCAAGCUGACAAAGAAGCUCAAGUCCGUUACUCUCACACGGAAGAAGAUCAUUUUUUAUACCUGUGGAGAUCAGAAAAAACAAGCUAAUGCUGCUUACCUAAUAGGCUCAUAUGCAGUUAUGCAUCUUAAUAUGAUGCCAGAAGAAGCCUACGGUCUGUUGGUGUCAAGGAAUGUCACAUAUAUUCCAUUCAGGGAUGCUUCAUUUGGAACCUGCAUGUUCAAUCUGGACAUCCUAGAUUGCCUUCAUGCAGUUCACAAAGCUCUGCGCUACGGCUGGCUCAAUUUCUCAAAGUUUGAUGUGGAAGAGUACGAGCACUAUGAGCGUGCAGAAAACGGCGACUUUAACUGGAUCAUUCCAGGGAAGUUUCUUGCAUUCAGUGGACCACAUCCCAAAAGCAAAAUAGAGAAUGGUUAUCCUUUACAUGCUCCUGAGGCCUAUAUCCCAUACUUCAGAAAGCAUGGUGUCACCACCAUCAUCAGACUCAACAAAAAGAUGUAUGAUGCCAGACGUUUUACAGAAUCUGGUUUUGAACAUUACGACCUGUUCUUUGUGGAUGGAAGCACGCCGAACGACUCUAUUGUCACAAAGUUCAUCAAUAUUUGUGAGAAUGCAGAGGGAGCUAUUGCUGUUCACUGCAAGGCUGGCCUGGGAAGAACUGGUACGCUCAUUGCCUGCUAUAUGAUGAAACAUUACCGCCUGACUGCUGCAGAAGCCAUUGCAUGGAUACGGAUCUGCCGACCAGGGUCCAUUAUAGGGCCCCAGCAGAACUUUGUUGAAGAGAAGCAGAACAGUCUCUGGGUGGAUGGAGACGUUUUCCGGGAGAAGAUGCUGAAUGAACAAGAGAAUGGCAAGUUGGCUGUGACCAGGAUCCUGUCUGGAGUAGAUGACAUAACCAUCAAUGGGAACAACAAGAACAAGGCAUCCAAGAAAGAAGAAAUAGAGCUGUACCAUGAUGACGAGGAGAGAAAUGGCCUCACACAGGGGGAUAAACUACGAGCCCUCAAGAGCAAGAGGCAUGCCAGGUCGUCGUCAGGUUCUCUGUCACAGGAAGAGAAUAAAAUACACACUCGGUCGUCGUCGCAGUCCCCUAGCAAGGUCAUCAUUCAGACCGAUGUGCAGGGUGGCAAGACCGGCGUCGGAUCGCUAGCUCUGUCUGACCCCUCAGAGAGCAGGAAGAGGACCAGAACCUCGCUGCCAGCUAAUGGAGUAGGAGGAAGCUCCCUGUGCCAAACCAGACUGGUCAGAUCUCUAGGCAACUUGCAUGUCGUGACUGGCAGCAGUGAUCCAAUGUGUUGUGAGCCAUGUGGCAGCCAUAGAGACAAAGGCCCCCUCAUCAACUUUAACACAACAUGGGGCCACCUGCAGAUGCACUGUCUCCCGAGGACGUAAAGCUCGCAGCUCUUUACAAUCAAUUAGAUUUUCCAGAUUAUGUCACUCCAUACCCAAAGCUAGAGCUCCUCUCCUUCGAUAAGCUUGUGGAUCUGGGAAUUCUGACGUCAUCCAACGUGUUCAGAUAUACAACUCAUUUUUAUCAAUUCUUUUUUAAAAGGCCAGCACAAAUCUUAACCAAGUCACUAAAAGUGGAUUUUAUAUUUUUCAACUCUGCAUCAUGAAAUGAACUGUUUGAAUCUAGUUUUGUACUUUGUGACGCAUGCAGUAGCAAACGUCAGAUUAAACUACUAACAUGUAAUGUUUAAAAAUCAAGAGAUUCUAAGAAGUGCAAACAUUUAGAUUUUAGCUUUAAUGGGUUUUUAAAAAAAGAAAUCUAUAGCUGGAGCUGGUCUAGAAUUUGAAGUACCGGUAAAAAUGUACUUUAUGCCCCAUUUGCAAGAGGAGCAACAGUGGGAGCCCUUUAAA